AUGGGAAAGAGUGGAGGCUUCCUGACGCCCAAGGCCAUUGCCAACCGCAUCAAGGCGAAGGGCCUCCAGAAGUUGCGAUGGUAUUGCCAGAUGUGCGAAAAGCAGUGCCGUGAUGAGAACGGAUUCAAGUGUCACACAAGUUCGGAAUCGCACCAGCGCCAGAUGGCCAUUUUCUCAGACAAUCCCAACAAGUUCCUCGAUGAAUUUUCGGUUGAGUUCGAGGACAGCUUCAUCCGGCAUCUUCGGCACAGGCACGGCACGAAGAGGGUGCAUGCCAACCUGGUCUACGCCGAGCUGAUUCGGGACCGCAACCACUUGCACAUGAACGCCACCAAGUGGACCUCGCUCACCGAGUUCGUCAAGUACCUCGGACGCACUGGCAAGGCCACCGUCGACGAGACUCCCAAAGGCUGGUUCCUGGCGUACAUCGACCGCGACCCCGAGACCCUCGCGCGGCAGAAGGCCCUCGAACGGCGCAAGAAGUCCGACAUCGACGAGGAGGAGCGUGAGCGCCUCCGGAUCGAGAAGCAGCUCGAGGAGGCCCGCCGGCAGCGCGAGGCUCUCGGUCUCACGGCCGACGCCGACGCCGGCCAUGACGAGCCCGGCGAGAAGGAGUCGGCCGACGGCAGCGAAGCCGACGGCGGUGGCGUCAAGCUCGAGGGCCCGCUGACGCUCGGCAAGACCGAAGAGAAGCCCCAUGACGACGAUGAGAAGGGCCACAAGAUGGACGAGGCCGAGGCCGACCGCGAAGCGCGAAAGCGGAAGCCCGACGACGUGUCCGCGGACCGCGAACACGGCGAGCGGGACCGAGACCGAGACACGACGAGGCCGGGAGGACGAGGAACGCGACUCCAAGCUCGAUGGGACAAGGCGGCCUCGUCGACGUCCACGUCAUCAUCAUCGUCAUCAACGACAUCAUCGUCAACGUCGACAUCGGACAGGCGGCCGCAGCCGUCGCGACCCCUGACGGCCGUGGAGGAGAUCAUGCUCCAGGAGGAGAAGCGCAAGCAGCGCGAACGCGAACGACUCGAAAAGGAGAAGAAAGAAAGAGAAAUGGAAAUGGAGAAAGAGAGAAAGGAGACGACGAAGAGAACAAAGGCGACGACGACGACGACGAAGACGGACUACUGGCUGGCCGACGGCAUCGUGGUCAAGGUCAAGCACAAGACGGUGGGCGGCGGCAAGUACUACAACCAGAAGGGCGUGAUCGAGCAGGACUUCCUCGAAACGGUGCUGCCGGCGCUCGAGGGCCGGGUGCUGGUGCUGAACGGCGCGCAUCGGGGCGAGCGGGCGACGCUCAAGGCGAUCGACGUCGACAAGUUCUGCGCCACCAUCCAGUUGAGCAGCAGUGGCGAGCUGGUCAAGGGCAUCGCCUACGAGGACAUCGCCAAGCUGGCCUGA